AUGUCACAGCCACACAGCGUCUCGGUUUCGACUGAUCACGGGAGUUCUGGUAACCAGUCACAGCAUCGACACCUCCGUGACUACAUCUGGGAAGAGUUCGAGAAUCUCAAAGCCGAAGUCGAUCUUGACCGCGAUGCCAUCAGCCUCCAACGCUCCCCGAAGUCAAAAGGUCAACUCAAAGAGAAAGCGCCUCUGCCCUGGCUCAGCUGGUCUGCGCCCAGCGGCCAAUCCGGUCAAACACGCAACAAAGCCAACUUCAUCGCCAUAUGGGAUAGGGUUAUGGCCGAAGCAAGCUUGGCGUAUGUGCAUGGGGCAGCAGGUGAUGCGACGGUGUGGGUCAAUAGCGUGCUUCUUCCGCCAGAGCCCGAUGCGGCCGUUGUCUGGUCAGAUGACUUCGCGCCGGAACCUCAUGAUCGGUAUGCAGACCAUCUCCACGAAGCAGGGGCAAAUCUUGCUGAGAAGAUGAUUGUCCCAGUAGGAAUGAGUCGUUGGGACCGGCGGCCGGUGGUUGUGAUCUCCUGA